AAUUAAUACAUUAGAAUUCAUUGCAUUACUAAUAUCAUGAAUUUUAUACAUUAAUAAUACACGUCUGUAUAACAUUAGUAAUAUAUGAAAUAAAGAAAUAUAGUACUAAAUAAAAUAUUAAUUUUCUUAAUAAAUUCUACCAAAAACGAACCCAAGUUGUAAGCCCAACAGAGAGUGGACCAACAACAAAAUGGCCUCCAAAAAUUUUGGCCCAAACAUUAAUGCCUAAGUUUUUGCUUCCACCACCCGCAAAUAUCGUUGCUUCCUAGAUCUGUGAUGCUACAUCGUUAUCAUCAAAAGAGCAAAAAGUGUAAAAGGGAAGGCCAAUUUGAACGUUUGACCAACAACAAUAAAAAAAGUUAUAAAUUAUUAUAGCCACGUAUUCAAUCUUAUCCCAAUUUUUCACAUGUCUUUGCCUUCUCAUUACUAGACUAGAUUAAUACUUCAUCCCCAACUCCUCACUUUAAUCAUCAAAAGCAAGCAUUUCUAUCCUCUUUUAUCCUUUAGUCAGAACAACUGCUACUACAACAACAAUGGCAACUCCAUUUUCGUGUUUUUGUUCUGCUCCAGUUCAAUCAUCAUCAUCUGCUUUAUCUGCUAAUCGUUUAAAUCCCGGUCAAAAACCAACUACUAGCUGGUGGACCCCACUUUUUGGUUGGUCCUCUGAACCGGACUACAUCGUUGAUUCUGGUUCUAGCGCGAUCAAGACCGCACCGCGCAGGGAGAUUUCAGGUCAAAAAUCGGAUUCCAAGUUCCAGCCUGGAUGUUUCACGGAAGAUAAGGCGAAAGAGCUGAGGAGAAAAACCAUGGAAACCUCUAAUUUCCAUGACAUCAUGUACCAUUCCGCCAUCGCAUCUCGUCUUGCCUCCGAUCUUUCCCCUCGGUAACAGAUCGCUGGUCUUUUUUUCUUUGCUGCCAAAUCAAUCUGUCCUCUUUUUUUCAGUUAUAUUUUCUAGUUUAUUUAUGUGAAAUAAAGAUCUGGUGGUGAUGAUUUCAAGGAUUUUGUGUGGAUUGUUAUUAUCUUUGUACUAUUGGUUGAUUGGUUGAUGAAAGCCAAAAGCAAAAAUGUAUGAUGUACUAAUUUGUAUCUUAAAAUGGUAAUGGAAUGUAGAUUAGUACUAUUAUUGCCA